AUGGAUUCCAUAUCCUCACAACAGAAGCAAGGGAUGGAAGCAUUGAUUCCCCUAUGGGAUAGGCCAUCUGGGGUGGAGAUCCAAAAGGAAAGGAGGCGGACCAUGAAGGUAGAGAUGGUAGGGGUAAUAAGGGAACUCCAAAUGUGCCGGAAGAUAGGGUUAGGGGAACGAGGGGUACGGAUGGCUUGCCAUGCGCUUUUAAAGGAGAAAGAGCCGUUAGAUGAGAGUUUCCAAAUGGGAGGAGAGGAGGGACGGUGGGUGGGGAAGACGAUAAUAGAGUCAAUCACGUGGGAAGGGAGAAGGGUCUGA